GGGAAGAUGCCUGGCGUUGGCUGGCAGACGCUGUCCCUGACGCUGGGGUUAGUGUUGGUGAUCUUGAACGAGGUGGCACCGCAGGCGUGCCCAGCGCAGUGCUCUUGCUCCGGCAGCACCGUGGACUGCCACGGAUUGGCACUGCGCAGUGUGCCCAGGAAUAUCCCCCGCAACACCGAGAGACUGGAUCUGAAUGGAAAUAACAUCACUCGGAUUACGAAGACAGAUUUUACUGGUCUCAGGCACCUCAGAGUUCUUCAACUUAUGGAGAAUAAGAUUAGCACCAUCGAGAGGGGAGCAUUCCAGGAUCUUAAGGAACUGGAGAGACUGCGUUUAAACAGAAAUCACCUUCAGCUGUUUCCUGAGCUGUUGUUUCUUGGGACUGCGAAGCUAUACAGACUUGAUCUCAGUGAGAAUCAAAUUCAGGCCAUACCAAGGAAGGCUUUCCGAGGGGCAGUUGACAUUAAAAAUUUGCAACUGGAUUACAACCAGAUCAGCUGUAUUGAAGAUGGGGCUUUUCGGGCUCUCCGGGACCUGGAAGUGCUUACUCUCAACAAUAACAAUAUUACAAGGCUUUCUGUGGCAAGUUUCAACCAUAUGCCAAAACUUAGGACUUUUCGACUCCAUUCGAACAACCUGUACUGUGACUGCCACCUGGCCUGGCUCUCCGAUUGGCUUCGCCAGAGGCCUCGAGUGGGCCUGUACACUCAGUGUAUGGGCCCCGCCCACCUGAGGGGCCAUAACGUAGCAGAGGUCCAAAAACGAGAAUUUGUCUGCAGUGAGGAGGAAGAAGGUCACCAGUCAUUCAUGGCUCCUUCUUGCAGUGUUUUGCACUGCCCUGCUGCUUGUACCUGCAGCAAUAAUAUCGUGGACUGCCGUGGGAAGGGGCUUACUGAGAUCCCCACGAAUCUGCCAGAGACCAUCACAGAAAUACGUUUGGAACAGAACUCAAUCAAGGUCAUUCCUCCUGGAGCUUUCUCACCAUAUAAAAAGCUCAGAAGAAUUGACCUGAGUAAUAAUCAGAUCUCUGAACUUGCACCAGAUGCUUUCCAAGGACUCCGCUCUCUGAAUUCACUGGUCCUCUAUGGAAAUAAAAUCACAGAGCUCCCCAAGAGUUUAUUUGAAGGACUGUUUUCCUUACAGCUGCUAUUACUGAAUGCCAACAAGAUAAACUGCCUCCGCGUAGAUGCCUUUCAGGAUCUGCACAACUUGAACCUCCUCUCCCUGUAUGACAACAAGCUGCAGACCAUUGCCAAAGGCACUUUCUCUGCUCUCCGGGCUAUCCAAACGAUGCAUCUGGCGCAGAACCCUUUUAUUUGUGACUGCCAUCUCAAGUGGCUGGCGGAUUAUCUCCAUACCAACCCCAUUGAGACCAGCGGUGCCCGCUGUACCAGCCCCCGCCGUUUGGCAAACAAAAGAAUCGGACAGAUCAAAAGCAAGAAAUUCCGUUGUUCAGCUAAAGAACAGUAUUUCAUUCCAGGUACAGAAGAUUACCGAUCCAAAUUAAGUGGAGACUGCUUUGCAGAUUUGGCUUGUCCUGAAAAGUGCCGUUGUGAAGGGACCACAGUAGAUUGUUCCAACCAAAAACUCAACAAAGUCCCAGAGCACAUUCCCCAGUACACGGCAGAGCUGCGUCUCAAUAACAAUGAAUUCACAGUGUUGGAAGCCACAGGAAUCUUUAAGAAACUUCCUCAGUUACGGAAAAUCAAUUUCAGCAACAAUAAAAUCACAGAUAUUGAGGAGGGAGCAUUUGAAGGAGCCUCCGGGGUAAAUGAAAUACUUCUCACGAGUAAUCGUUUGGAAAGUGUUCGGCAUAAGAUGUUCAAAGGAUUGGAAAGCCUCAAGACUUUGAUGUUGAGAAGUAAUCGCAUAAGCUGUGUUGGGAAUGACAGCUUCAUAGGACUCAGUUCUGUACGUUUGCUUUCUUUGUAUGAUAAUCAAAUUACUACAAUUGCACCAGGGGCCUUUGACACACUCCAUUCUUUAUCUACUCUAAACCUCUUGGCCAAUCCUUUUAACUGUAACUGCUACCUGGCUUGGUUGGGAGAGUGGCUCAGAAAGAAAAGGAUCGUAACAGGAAAUCCUCGCUGUCAAAAGCCAUACUUCCUCAAGGAAAUCCCAAUCCAGGAUGUGGCCAUUCAGGAUUUCACUUGUGAUGACGGAAAUGAUGACAAUAGUUGCUCACCAUUGUCUCGGUGUCCUGUGGAAUGUACCUGCUUGGAUACUGUCGUCAGGUGUAGCAACAAGGCCUUAAAGAUCUUGCCAAAAGGAAUUCCAAGAGAUGUCACAGAGUUGUAUCUGGAUGGUAACCAAUUUACACUGGUCCCUAAGGAACUCUCUAACUACAAGCAGUUAACACUUAUAGACUUAAGUAAUAACCGAAUAAGCACUCUUUCCAAUCAAAGCUUCAGCAACAUGACCCAACUUCUCACCUUAAUUCUUAGUUACAACCGACUGAGAUGUAUUCCUUCCCGAACCUUCGAUGGAUUAAAGUCUCUUCGAUUACUAUCUCUACAUGGAAAUGAUAUCUCUGUUGUCCCCGAAGGUGCAUUCAAUGACCUUUCUGCGUUAUCACACCUAGCAAUUGGAGCCAACCCUCUUUACUGUGAUUGUAACAUGCAGUGGUUAUCCGACUGGGUAAAGUCGGAAUAUAAGGAACCUGGAAUUGCCCGCUGUGCUGGUCCUGGAGAAAUGGCAGAUAAAUUGUUACUUACAACUCCUUCCAAGAAAUUUACCUGUCAAGGUCCUGUUGAUGUCAACAUUCUAGCUAAAUGUAAUCCCUGUUUAUCAAAUCCAUGUAAAAAUGAUGGCACAUGUAACAAUGAUCCAGUUGACUUUUAUCGAUGUACCUGUCCAUAUGGUUUCAAGGGGCAGGACUGUGAUGUCCCAAUUCACGCCUGCAUCAGUAACCCAUGUAAACAUGGAGGGACUUGCCACCUAAAGGAAGGCGAAAAGGAAGGAUUCUGGUGUAUUUGUGCUGAUGGAUUUGAAGGAGAAAACUGUGAAAUCAAUGUUGAUGAUUGUGAAGAUAAUGAUUGUGAAAAUAAUUCCACCUGUGUUGAUGGAAUUAAUAACUACACCUGCCUCUGUCCCCCUGAGUACACAGGAGAGCUGUGUGAGGAGAAGCUGGACUUCUGUGCGCAGGACCUGAACCCCUGCCAGCAUGACUCCAAGUGCAUCCUGACCCCAAAAGGAUACAAGUGUGACUGCACGCCAGGGUACAUUGGGGAGCACUGUGACAUCGACUUUGACGACUGCCAGGAUAACAAGUGUACAAAUGGCGCCCACUGCACUGACGCAGUGAACGGCUACACCUGCAUCUGUCCCGAAGGUUACAGUGGCUUGUUCUGUGAAUUUUCUCCGCCCAUGGUUCUCCCUCGCACCAGCCCCUGUGAUAAUUUUGAUUGUCAGAACGGAGCUCAGUGCAUCGUCAGGAGAAAUGAACCAAUUUGCCAGUGUUUGCCGGGCUACCAGGGAGAGAAGUGUGAAAAAUUGGUCAGUGUGAAUUUUGUAAACAAAGAAUCCUACCUUCAAAUUCCUUCCGCCAAGGUGCAGCCUCAAACAAACAUCACCCUUCAGAUUGCCACCGAUGAAGACAGUGGCAUCCUCCUGUAUAAGGGCGACAAAGACCAUAUUGCCGUGGAGCUCUACCGAGGGCGCGUGCGGGCCAGCUAUGACACCGGCUCCCACCCGGCUUCUGCCAUUUACAGUGUGGAGACAAUCAAUGAUGGAAACUUCCAUAUUGUGGAGCUGCUUGCCCUGGAUCAGAGUCUCUCCCUUUCUGUGGAUGGAGGGAGCCCAAAAGUCAUCACCAACUUGUCAAAACAGUCCACUCUGAAUUUCGACUCUCCACUUUACGUAGGAGGCAUGCCUGGGAAGAACAAUGUGGCAUCUCUACGCCAGGCCCCUGGACAGAAUGGUACCAGCUUCCAUGGCUGCAUCCGGAAUCUUUACAUCAACAGUGAGCUACAGGACUUCCAGAAGGUUCCCAUGCAAACAGGCAUUCUGCCCGGCUGUGAGCCAUGUCACAAGAAAGUGUGCGCCCAUGGUACAUGCCAGCCGGGCAGCCAGUCAGGCUUUACGUGUGAAUGUGAGGAAGGCUGGAUGGGACCCCUCUGCGACCAGAGGACCAAUGAUCCCUGUCUUGGAAACAAGUGUGUGCAUGGCACUUGCUUGCCCAUCAAUGCCUUCUCCUACAGCUGUAAGUGCCUGGAGGGCCAUGGAGGCGUCCUCUGCGAUGAAGAGGAGGAUCUCUUUAACCCCUGCCAGACCAUCAAGUGCAAGCAUGGCAAGUGCAGACUCUCGGGCCUUGGACAGCCCUACUGUGAAUGCACCAGUGGCUACACCGGGGACAGUUGUGACCGAGAAAUCUCUUGUCGAGGGGAGCGGAUCAGAGAUUACUACCAAAAGCAACAGGGCUAUGCUGCCUGUCAAACAACAAAGAAGGUCUCUCGCUUGGAAUGUAAAGGCGGCUGUGCUGGCGGGCAAUGCUGUGGACCUCUUAGGAGCAAGAGACGGAAAUACUCCUUCGAAUGCACGGAUGGCUCUUCCUUCGUGGAUGAAGUGGAGAAGGUGGUGAAGUGCGGGUGUAUGAGGUGCAUGUCUUAAAUAGUGUCCCGGGCAGCCCCUCAGUCUCUGGAGAAGGUUGUAUACUUCUUGACCAUGUUGGACUAAUUCAUGCUUCCUAGUGGAAAUGUUUGAAUUAUAUUGUAAAAUACAGAACAGACUUAUUUUUAUUACAAGAUUAAAGACUUUUUUUCUGCAUUUGGAAAAAAAAAUAAUAAUAAAUUACGCUGGAACUCAAGCUUCCCCAAUGCUGGAGAAGUCUGAAGAAAGUUAUACUUGGAAGCCUAAGCAACCAUGAUGAGAACUAUGGUAGCAUGUCCAUGUUUGGAACAUGCGAAGACUAGCAGAAGCACAUACAAGAGACUGACAGCUAUGGUGCACUGAAAUUGCCCAGAGCAUAAAACCUGUGUCCCCUUAUUUACAUCCAUCCAUGCAGUUCACAAGGACACAUCAAGCACAUGCGUAUGAAUGACAGUGCCAGGCAGGGGAAUGGAACAUCAGAAUGCAUCACUAGAACAAAGGGAUAAGACAUAUUUCAUGCAAAACACGAAACAUCCCAAAGCUUUGAGUUCCAUUCACAAGAUGAAAUGGGAGAGAGGAUACAUUUAACCUUCGUUUUCACAUGUCAGCAGAAAGCAGCACACAAAAGUGUUUAUCUACCAUUUUCCAGUAUUAAUUUUUUGUAAUAUAAAUGAUAAAGGAGAUAAUAAAGAACCAAUAGAUUAUUGAUAAAUAAAUUAGUAAUAAUAUGAAUUUGGGGUGGUUUCUAUGAAUUCUAAACAGCCCUAUUCAGUAUUCAGUUUCAAUGAGGAAUAUUUAUUGUAUCAAAGUACACUGUACUUAACGUUGUAGGUCAUCCUUUUGCUGUUUCUCAAUGCUUUAAUAUAUAUUAAUUUAUAAUUAUCCUGAUAUUUUUGUACAUUUUUAAAACUUAAAAUCAGGAAUUUUUUGUUUGUUUGGCAAUAGAGCUAACAUAGGGUGUUAUGGUGUCAUCUUGAGACAAAUAUAUGAUCUAUUUGUUGUCUUUGACAUUUGACCUCUGGCAUCACCUACAAAAGGGACCUCAUUUGGAACACCUGCAGAGGUGUAUGCAAAGUCUAAAGGGAGAAAAUACUCAUUGGCAUGUGAAAUCUGAUUGUGACAUAGUGAUGUGUGUGGAAGGAAGAAGUGUCCAUGGACACAUCCCCACGGAAAAUAAAUGAUCUGUAGCACUCAAGCCUAGAAAGUAGACCCUUUACAAAUUAAUAUUUCCUUGACUAUAUUUUCCCCUUUAUGGGGGAGGGUGGUGAAAACAAUGACAGUUAUUUCAAAAACUGUAAUUUUUUCCAAACAAUAAAGUUCCUUUGUUACCUUAAUGCUCCCAUGUUAACGUUUGCUGCUAAAUUACCAUGUAGAAAUGAUUGUUUGUAGUGCACUGUGCUCUUCCUUCAUUAAAAUCCCAGGGUGCCCUGUGGGGGGUGGGGGAGAUGUUCUUUUUCCCCCAACCAACCUUUCUUAAAAAUUUUUUCACAAAAAAAUUAGAUGUACAUGUAUAAUUUAGUGUGAUUUUUCUUCCUCCAGACUAAUAUCAGUUACACUACUGAUGUUUGUAAAUUAAACAGAUAUUUACUUCAUUAACAGCUUGGUGGUUUUCUUAGAAAUUGUGUAAUGUUUACAGGCCCAGCCUUAAGAACAUGUUCCUCAGUGACACAGAAAGAAAAAGAAAGAUGACCUGUACUGUUGGCUGUCAGAGAUUGGAUUGAGAUGAAUGUAGUGUCACACCUGGAGACUUUUGAAUGUCCACCUAAAAGAUAUGGAUAAAAUUGUAUAUUCUUUACUAAGAUAUUCAAUUACU